AUGGCCGGAAUAUUGGAGUGCAUCCGGGCUGACGAAAGCGCAGGGGACUGGGCCGAGGAGCUUCACCGCGCUUUAUGGGCCCAGGAGGAAUCUAUCAAUGCCCGUGUCUACAUCCGGCCUUUGAUACACCUUAACAAAUGUUACAUCGAGGAAUUGCCCGACAAGCUCCUGGCCAAUAUUUUCAAUGAAGUCGUGACCGACAGCUCAAGAGACAUCCUCAGUUCCGUCAGGACCAACAGACGCUUUCACGACCUCGCCAUUCCGCUGCUGUACCGCUGCCUCGAAUUGCUUCCUGGUCGUUCAAGAGAGGACAUGCAGUCGCUCGGCCUAUCAUUCCGACGGCACCCGGAACGGCGAGGGUACGCAAGGGAGGCGAAGCUCCAUGGAGGCUCCGACAAACCCAGAUCCCUGGGUCAGUUCCCUGUCCUGUUCAGCCGCGAUGCGUUUCCAAACAUCAAGCGACUACAUGGAAUCCGGGUCGCCGUCACCGACCUUCAAAAUCUCGCGGCUGUCGGUGGGGCUUCGACAGGCACAUCGACGAUUGAGGAGCUGGUCUUUGAGGAUUCGGACAUCAGUCCUGCCGGUUUGGAUGCAUUGAUGAGUGCAUGUAAAGUUGUGAGGAAGCUCGUCUUGCACUGGGGUCAGGGGAACGCAGAAUCACCCCGCGACGGUGAAUAUCUCAACGAGGCAAUGGGAGCAGCCAUUGCACGUCACGCGGCGACCAUCGACACGCUUGAGUUCAACCCCGAUGGGACCCAGAUUGGUACGGCUCCUGAAAAUCAACCUCGCAGUCUGAAGGACCAGCUCGCCUCCUUCAUGGUGCUUAAAGACUUGACGAUUCACUUGGCUUGUUUCUCCGGGGGUGACAUCUCAUCGUCUACCGUCAACACGGAACUGAUGGCUGAGAGACGAUUUUAUGACUUCUUACCCACGUGCCUUGAGCGCUUGGCCUUGAUCGGAGAGCCCGACCAACCGACGAAUGGCCAGUCAGCUGAAACCCGUCGAAAGAACGCAAGCCUGAGGACCGAGUUCACAAUGUUUUUCAAUGAAUGUGGCCCCGCCGGCCGAUUUUCGAGGAUGAGGGAAGUCCAGUUCCCCGGAUGGGUGGACGAUCCGAACCAAGGAUGUGACGGAGACGUCUUGCCAGAGUUGAAGGUCCUGGCAUCGCAGGCGAAUGUCUCCAUUGCAUUCAAAGGCAAGGCUCUAUCAUGUGAACAUUGAAGCCGUGCCAGUUCUCGUGAGUAGCAUAGUCUAACGCGAGCUUCUGCUAGAUGGCCUGCGGUAAGAUUGUCUGAGGAUGAUGGCAAGAUGUGGCUGGUGCUUUUCUGGGUCACAACUAGAGGACCAGGUGCGACGAUGGUAUCAGAGCUUGGAUUGAAAUACUGCGGCGCAUGCGGUCUCAUCUCGCUGAGAUGCCCAUGGUGGACGGGGGGCCUCAGGGCAAUUCGGGUACAAGUUACCUAAUUUGAGCAUGAUUUCAGGUUACAACAGUGGCGGUCUCACUAACAUACAAUAUUAAUGUAACACCCACCCCCCCAACUCCAACAAAAAAGAAUCACAUGAUGCCGUAGCAGACUGGGGGUCUACCACCAGCCUAAUUCACUUAUGGAUAGAAAUGAUUUCGUUAGCCA